AUGCAUUGUGACAGUUUUCGGCAAAUUCAUUUAUCCGCGGUAUCCUGCUUGAAGUUGGGGCCAGGCGUGUUAGAAAAUUUUUUCUCAAUUUCUAUAUUUUUUAAAAAUGUUCUGAUUCAGCCGUUUGAUCGAGAUAAACUUACCAAAACCAUAAAGAUCAGUGUGAAUCAUUUCUGCAGUAAAUAUCAUUCAGAAUUCAUUUAUCUUAGUUAUAAGCAGUUGAAGUUCAAUCUACUUCGCGAAGAAAGCGAGGGUUACGCCAAGCUAAUAACGGAGUUGACGAAACAUGCGCAGUACGUUGAAAGUGCGCAGGGUGUCCUCGAAAGGAUCCGUUGUUUGAUUGGUCAGUUUAACUUGGAUCCAAAUCGAGUGCUGGACAUCAUCCUGGAAUGCUUCGAGUCGCAUUUGCAAAGCGAUACGUUCGUGGAUUUGCUACGGUUGUACGGCAGUACGUCUCCCAUUGAUUACGAACCGAGUUCCAUCUUUCGUCUUGCGGCAAUUCUCAUUCAUUACAAUCUAUUGGAUAUGCUGUCGCUGUGUCGUUAUCUCACUCCCAAGUUGGAAACUAUUAUCCAGCAGGUGAAAUCUUCAAUUGCUAGCGCUGCUCAGAGGCAGAAAAAGAUGUCGUUUUCAUCGAUGGCCGCCAACAAGGAAAUGAGCAGCAGUGGCGACUCGCAUUCGACCGACGAAGCGAUUGUCAUCAACCAGAAACUGGAGCUUCUCUGUGCCCUGCUCGAAAUCGGUGAAUGGAAACAUGCCAAGGCACUGCUCGACCGUCUCCCAGAGUUCUAUGCCGUUCGAAACCCAAUCGUUGCGACACUUCUUUGUCGCUUCGUUGACUACCUCAUUGCCGACUUCUACGCGAGGUUGAGACUGCCUUUCCUCCUUACUUUCGAAUUCUUUACUGAUUUUGUGAGGUCCGUUUUUCCAAAAUUGCAUUACUUGGGACCGAAUAUUGCUGUAUGUCCGUCGCUUCUUACCAAAGUGAUUCGACUGUGUUGCAGUGUUUUCAAUGGGGUACGUUGUCUUCUUAAAUUGGUGACCAAGCUGAGAGUCAUCAUCCCUUCGUUGUCUCUUUUGAAAUGCAACUGCGCAAUUUCUGAAGAAAUAUGGCUGCUGCUCUCGCAGUUCCCGUAUGCUACUCGAUAUCGCCUCUACGGCAGAUGGAAAAACGAGCACCUAAGGCGUCACCCUCAAAUUAUUUUGAGGAAGGGCGAAGUAAUGGGUAAAACUCGAUACAUAAUGAAGUACGUAGCUUUUGAUAUCCGCUUGGUUUUUAUUCUUUUAUUAUCCAUUUAUUGUCAACUGUUGCAUAUAUCUCAUCCUACUCCAUGGUGCAAGGUCAUUAAAACAAUCUUGUCAUCAACGUUUUUGAAUGACUAUUUAACCGGCGUUUUGCAGUAUGUGGCCAACCAGUUGAAAAUGGGCAAGAGUUUCGAUUUGCUCGUCUUACGGGAGAUUGUGGAAAAUAUGAGUGGCAUCGAGACCACCAACGGUUUGACACAGGAACAGCUGGAGGCACUGGCCGGUGGUGAUCUGCUCAAAUUGGGGGUCAUGCGCAAUACGAAGCGUUCGGUCAGCCGAUUGAAGGAGGCGCUUUUGCAAGAGGACCUUGUCGUCAGUCUGUGCUUACUCAUGGCGCAGCAACGCGCCUGCAUCGUUUUCCAUGAAAGUCAGGGCAUUCAUCUGAAACUCGCUGGCCAAAUGUUGGAUCAGUGCCAGGAAACAUUGAUCCAGUUUGCUAAUUUUCUGUCGGCUAGCCUGAAAACGGAAGACUAUGCGAAACGUAUGCCAUCGGCACCGGCUCUGAUAUCAGCGUAUCAUCUUGGAGCGGACGCAGCGAUGUUUCUGACGCGUCCGUCAAAAUACGACGAGCUGAAGAAAAUUGACCGAGCGAAUCGCACGUUCACGCCUGAUAGAAAGUCAGUAGAAGACAGCUUAGUCACAAAGAAACGUUUACUGAACCGUAGUCACACUUCAAAAUUAGUUCCUUUUAGCGCUAGAUGCUUUAUUACGUUUUGGAUGCUAUCCAUGUACGAUCUCAAUGUACCAUGUGCAUCUUAUGAACGGGAAAUCGAAAAGAUGCACCAGUUGGGCGAGGCGAAACGUCGCAAAGAGAAAGAACGCUAUCAACAGUAUGAAAACAAACUCAGUGAAGAACAGCGACGUCAACUGGAUCACGUGAAUCGAGUGAUCAAUAUGCGUUGCUGUCGUUUUUAUGCAUGUAUGUUGAUGGGGGGGUUGUGCAUUUUUCCGCGGUGUCUUUUUUCCGACCUUGAUGCCAUCUUUUGUGCGAAAUUCAUCCAAAUGAUGCAUUCAUUGAAAACCAGGAACUUUUCGACCCUCAUUUGCUAUGACAGGAUAUUUUGGGACAUCUGCCCAGUCAUCGCCUGCAUGUCUGAAAACGAAGCCAAUCAUUACGGUCACUUCUUGUGCGCCUCGCUUGACACCAUAAUGAGAUGGCACGAGAGCCAGGACAAGUUCGACAAGGAAUGCGCCAAUUUUCCCGGUUUCAUUACCCGCUUUCGCAACGCGAUGACCGUCAACGACCCGGCGAAGGAUGUGGUAGACUAUGAAAACUACCGACACGUUGUGCACAAGUGGCAUUUCAAAAUCACGAAAGUCCGAAGAAAUCGUUUUCUAGACUGCUUUGUUGUAUUCAACGCCACCGCUUUUAGUCCCUGCUCGUUUCUCUGGGAUCCGGAUCAUUCGUUCCCAUCAGAAAUGCGCUCCUUGUCCUCAUCAAGGUAUACAUGGUCACAGUUUACUUGCUUUUUGUAUAAGUUGAGGUUGUUCGUCACUCUGGUGAAAUAA